AUGCUGGAUGGACCGUUCAGAAUCGGAGCUGCUGUGCUUCUAGCACUUGUCUUUGUUGUCUUGGGAAAAUAUUCUCCGUCGUCCUACAAGAGCUUGAGCCACAGUCUGCUGCGACAACUCCAACGCGAGAGUGAGGAAGUGACCACCAUUGAAGUCAACAAUACUUUGAUUGAUGGGGUUCCAGUCGGAGGGAUUUUAGAGUGGUUCGUAGAAUUGAAUGAAAUCAUAUUUGAAAGAGAUGGCAGGCUGGUCAGGUCAACAGCAUACUGCGCUGCAACCCUGAUCAGACCCAAUAUCGUCCUAACUGCAGCUCAUUGUCUUAUUAAUGGUUGCCCCUUCAAUGUUCGGGUGGGACCUCGUUUGCGAACCGAGGAUUCAGGGAACAACCCGGGAGGUACAAAGGUCAAUGUCGUAGAGGGUUCUUGCAGACAGCAUCCAGAUUAUGGCCAACAACCAAAUCGAUUUGAUGUUGCCGUCUUUAAGUUGGAAUUUGAAGUAUCCCAAGAUGUCAUUGCUGUCAAUAACGACCCUAACAUCCCUCCAGACGGAGUGGCCGUCAACGCUUAUGGAUUCGGCAUCUUCAACAAUGAUGAUAGUGAUCCGUCAGACAUCAUGAAUAUGAAACAACAAGUCUACGAUGAAACCUGUCCAAAUAUUGGAACCAACUACCUUGAAGAAUUCAUGCUGUGUGCCGAGAUGCCACCGGCGGCCUGCAGAGGUGACAGUGGUGGCCCUCUGGUUUACUAUGCGGAUACCGGCACAGGAUAUCCCUUGGCAAUUCAAGUGGGCAUUUCUUCCUUUAUCGAAGACCGCAAUUUAUGUGGCAACGGCACUGAUGUACACACGAGGGUCAGUGCCUUUUCUGACUGGAUUGAGAGGCAGAGCGAAGAACUCCAAUCCUAUAACCCACCUGUAGUGACUCAAUGUUGCGCAGCAGCCAGCAGGGUAUAUUAUUCUUUUCGGUUCAUGGCUCAGGAACUGCGCAGCAACUCGACUGGAAUUGCUCAUUCCGUGUUUUCAGCUGUGGACUCACUUUUUGGCUGGUGA